CCAUUCCUCAUCUUUCCCCCUUUCCUGCAGGGUCAGUACUGACAAAGAUGUCUCUUGCAAACCUGUCUGCUCCAUCCUUGUGGGCACGAUGCCUCAGCCUCGAAGCCCCUGUCAUCCCCGACGCUGAGGUGCUCUGGAUAUCUUCCAACCCCGUCCAAAAUUUCACUUAUCCCCCGAUCCAAGACCUCACAGGCGAGACUCCGCCAGGACUCGAGGGAAAUGUCCCGAAACUCAACUUUUGUAAUGUGUCCGUGGCCUUGACUCACCCCGGCGAGAACGACACCGAGUUCAUCUCUGUUUGGCUUCCUCCCCACCAAGGAUGGAAUCGUCGAUACACUGCGACUGGAGGCGGUGGCAUCGCAGCUGGAUACGAUUUCAACAUGGUCGCCCCUCUGGCUGCUGGAUUUGCGACUUCGUCCAGCGAGGCCGGGCUGAGUCUCAACCAUACCGUCGACCCUCAGACAGGCAGUUGGGCGUUGAAUGAGGAUGGAUCGCCGAACGAGGCCCUGUUUGUCAAUUUUGGCUGGCGCUCUAUUCACGAUAUGUCUGUUGCAACCAAGGACCUCAUCAAACAAUUCUACGGCAUCGAUCCGCAAUAUUCAUACUGGACAGGCUGUUCGCAGGGUGGAAGACAAGGAUAUGCAGCAGCGGCAAAGUAUCCCAAGGACUUUGACGGUAUUCUAGCUGCCUCACCAUCGCUCGGCGAGGAGUACGUCGGUCCAGCUACCUUUUGGCCGGUUGUUGUCAUGCACAACGAGGGCGAGAUCGUGCCGUCUUGCGUCUUUGAAAGAUACCAGCCCGCCAUCGUUGAAAAGUGCGAUCCACUCGACGGUGCCACGGAUGAUCUCAUCUCUGAUUAUGAUCUGCUGAGGUCCUGUCCUAAGGAGUUCGACUCUUCCAGUCUCGUUGGAACAGUUGUCCCCUGUGGACCGGUAGGCAAUAUAACCAUAUCCGACAGACACGCAACUAUUGUCAGGAAGAUACUCGAAGGCCCACGCAAGAGCGACGGCACAGAACUCUGGUUCGGUACUGCCCCCGGCGCAAACUUCUCCGGCGUCGCAGGAACCAUCUACCACAACGGCAAAUGGAUACCCAGACCCUUCCCCCCAGGUGCAGCCUGGCUCAAGAGCGUUAUCGUCCCCAAGAUGGCUGACAUCACCAAAAUGAGUUACGCAGAGUACUUCGACGCCUUCGACAAGUCCGUUAAACUCGGCGGGCCAUACAUUGGCGACGAGUACCUCGACCUUUCUGCGUUCAAAUCCGCCGGCGGAAAGCUGCUGAGCUGGGUUGGGCUCGCGGACCAGUACAUCCCGCCUUCACAUCUACUUCAUUUCCACGACGACGUUGCAGAGAAACUUGGUGGCGAGGCUGCUGUUGAUGAAUUCUACCGCGUCUUCACUGCCCCCGGUGUUGGGCACUGUGUAGGUGGUCAUGGCCCUCAGCCGGUAGAACCCAUGCUCGCGCUGGUGGAUUGGGUCGAGCGCGGUAAAGCGCCUGAGACCCUGGCGGCGAAGACCAUUUUCCGCGGUGCACACGAGAUGACCCGGGAUCUGUGCAAGUAUCCGAAGAGGCCUGUCUACAAGCAGGGAGAUCUGUAUCGAUCGGCGAGUUUCAAGUGUGAAGAACCGGAGAUGAAGCCUGUAAAGCCGGGUGGAGAAUCGGAUGGAGAGGAGUCUGGUGUGAGUGCCCAGCGUGCUACUCCCUGGUGGUACAUUGUUCCUUUCGCAGUUCUGUUCUUUGUCUAA